AAUAAAUAAAACAUAAAACCUGACAACAGAAAUAAAAAGUGCAAUCAUGAAACAAAGUGUAAAUAAGUUAAAAUCCUAACAGCCUGAAGUAAAAGCUGACUGUCCCUGCCCACAGUCAGCUGUCCAACACUCAGACAUUGUCUCUGUCCUCAGCCUCUUUCACUCUAAAGUGAACAUACAGAAGUUCAAACCUCCUUUGACCUUCCAGAAGACAAGAAAUGUUGUCCACAGACAGGAAGACUUUGUCUCCUGCAAACUGCUUGUCAGAAAACCACAGCAGACUGCGUCAAAGAGGAAGGAGGUGGGCUUUGGCGUGGCGGAUAAACGUUAACGUGUCGGGCUCAGAUAACCACACUGAACAUGGACGAAUCACCUUCACUGUGGCUGCCAGUUCUGGCCUCACUGCUGUGCUGCACCACAAGCCGAGCCUCUCUGACUGUGAGUCCCAGCAGCUCUCAGCUCCUUAAAGGACAGUCCGUCUCUCUGAGCUGUGAGGACAACAGAUCUGCUGGAUGGACGGUGAGGAGGAACACGACUGAUGACACCAGAGCUGAGUGUGGAGGAACCUGGGGAAGACCAGCUGGUUCUUCAUGUACCAUCAGCUACAUGUUCCCAUGGGACACUGGAGCUUACUGGUGUGAGUCCAGAGACGGAGCAACCAGUCAGAGCGUCAACCUCACUGUCACUGAUGGACCAGUGAUCCUGCAGAGUCCUGUCCUCCCUGUGGAGGAGGGGGACGACCUGACUCUGCGCUGCAGGACAAAGACACGUCCCUCCAGCCUCACCGCUGAGUUCUAUAAAGAUGGCUCUCUCAUCGGGGCGGAGCCUACAGGAAACAUGACCAUCCACCGUGUGUCCAGGUCUGAUGAAGGCCUCUACAGGUGCAGCAUCAGCAGUCAUGGAGAGUCUCCACCCAGCUGGAUCUCCAUCACAGGGAAACCAAAGACGACUUCAGCUCCGUCCACCUCCUCCUCUCCACCAUCAUCCACCUCCUCCUCUCCUCCUCCUGUCGUGUUGUGGUCUGUUGUUCCAUCCUUAUGUGUUCUGGUUCUCCUGGUUCUCCUGGUUCUCCUGGUGCGAUGGUGCCUCCAAAGGAAACCUAAAGCUGCUGCAGAAGAAGAUGGACAUGAUGACAUCACAGGUGACAUCACAUACAGUGACAUUAAGAUAUCGAGUCACCUGAAACAGCCAAUCAGACGAGGCCAAGAGAGUGAAGCAGCUGCAGUUUACUCAGCAGUCAGAGGGACGCAGGACGUCCAUUAUGGACAGGUGGUCAUCAGAGACACGAGGACAAGCAGGACCAAAGAGAGUGAAGCAGCUGCAGUUUACUCAGCAGUCAGAGGGACGCAGGACGUCCAUUAUGGACAGGUGGUCAUCAGAGACACGAGGACAAACAGGACCAAAGAGCGUCCAGCAGAGCCACACGUCAUCUACUCUUCACUGAGGUAGACCUUCAGCCCGGUCCACCCACUCGUGUCCAGCUGUCCUGGAACUGGUCCCCAGAGACCCUCACACCUGGCGUCUCACCUGCCACGAAGACACAAAGGACUCAGAGCAGAGCGUCCGUUUGGAAAAGGAAGAACUGAACUGUUGAGUGUGUUUCAGUGUUCUGCAGGACGCCGACGUGUCCCACGUGUUUGGACUGAACUGAAUCUCAUCGCCACUUCUUUUGUGUUUAACGUGACCGCUGGCUUUGCUCUUAUUUAUAUUUUUCUGUUGUUUCCACCUUCAUGUCUCAUGUGGUUCUGUCGAUUUCACAAAGCUGAUGGAAACUUUGACUUGUUCUGGUUUGCUUGUGGCCAACUGAUUCACACUUCUGUUCAGCACACAAACAGCAAAACCACAAACGCAGACCAUAAACAGUGUGAACAUCAUUCAGGGGCUGGAAACUUCACACUGAGGCUCAGUCAGCCUGACAUGCACAAACACUCCAAUGAGCGGCUGGCUUCAUUUAAAGGAAUAUUCACAGUUUUUAACCCAACAGUUGGGGUCCAUGCAGACUCUGAAAGUGUUUUCUCUCGCUGUAAUCGUCCUGUUUAUUCUGGACAUGAAGAGAUUUCUUCAUCUGCUUCUACAGAAGACAAAAUGAGGUCAGAGGCCGACUGAGAGUUUUCCUGACUCAGUUGUACAGAAUUACAGCCUGAUAACUUUGUCUUCUGAUCCCAAACACGUUUCCUGUUUCAUUUGUCAGAUUUAUUAUUUCACCAUCAGGACUUUGCAAAACAUCCAAACUCUCAGAGCAUCAGCAGCCACACUUCAGAGGAAACCAAGGUGGAGUCGCAGACAAGCAGAGAGCUCAAGUCAGGACUGUUUACUAAUAUUUACUUGGUACAGAACAGAAGCAGCAGAUGGCUAAUCAAUACAAGCUAAUGAAACACAUUUCUGUCAAAUGAGGUUGGCCUCAUUAGUUCUGAUUAUUAGUAUUGAGCUUCACUCUGGUUUGUGUCCCAGCUGCUGAAGCUGCUCUCAGACAGGUUAACAAGCUCAGGUGCUGCCUCCACCCUGCACCGCCUCCACCCUGUGAGUGGAACCUGGAGAUGAUGUCCCUCUGCCAUGUCAGACUGCUGAGGCCUCCAUCAGUGGACCACAACCAGCCAUCAGAGUGCGUCCUCUUGGACGGAUGCUCAGUCGCGUCCUGACUCUGAUGUGCAUUUUGAUCUCCAGGUUCUCCGAAGGGAGACAACAUGCAUGGAGACCAAACCAGCAGAGGAGGGAACCCAGAAGAGGAAAACCAGACUCCUGGACAAGCUGGACUGGCAGCAGGAGUUCUGGUGCUGCUUGCUUUAGCUGCUGUUGUGAUGUUUGUUCACUAGAAAUAAAAAGGUGAUAUGUUCAGGAAGUCAGAGCUGAUGAAGCACACUUCCAUGUGCUCACCUGACACAUCACAGAGCUGUUCUGACCUGAACACAUACUCAACAUGAUAUUCAGUCUUUCUGUGGGUGUGAGGUCAUGAGUAAAUGUGGGCCUUGUUGUGAGAGGUUUUCAUGCAAUGUUACAGGAAGUGUUUUAGCACAAAAACACACAGGGCCGUCUGAAUGACUCGAUCAUUUAUUCUCCAGUAGUGCUUAUCUGUGACCUCGAAACAAAAGAGUUCUCAGAGAGAAUCCUCAGUGUCCUCUUCAAAAUAAAAGCAUGUCAUGACUUCUCUCACUGUAACUAUUUGGACUGAGCAGUCUGAUCUGAAGCAGCAGUUUGUUACCACUGCACACUGAAUGAGACAGGACGGAGCUGGAUGUGGUCAGCCAUGACGACCACGUGCUGCGUUCACUGAACACAGGCCUGAAGGGAGCUCCGGCUUCAUGAAAUGGUUCAGUCAACACACGGACAAACGUUACAGUCAGUCAAAAUGCCAAAAGACGAGAGACGAGUUUGCAAAUCAUCCGUUUGUCUCAGUUUGUUUGUGUGUUCGCUCCAGUAGAACACGUGAGAACAGAACCAAGUGGAUCUACUGGAUUUAACCAGCAACACCUCAACACAACACGAAUCUGUGCCGGUUUGGUCAGACGUCACCAUUUUAGAAUACUAACUGGUUUGAUUUUAUUACCUGUUAACUGAGAUGUGUUUCUAUUGGUCAGCUGCUUCACUGAGGAAAAUUAGAUUAAAAAGACUAACGUGUGGGAAAAAGUGAAAAAAAAACAAUUUCAUUAAUAAACUGCAGGAAAGGCAGCAAACAGACACAACCAAGGAGAGCUCAGGUGUGUCAAGACAAAGAGGACGACACAGGUGACAACAAUCAGGACAAGACAAGCAAUCAGAAAAGAAGGGAAAAAAACAGAAGAGACAGGAAAUGAAAAGCUAAACAGGAUGCAAAAUUACAAAAUAAAACAGGAAACGAACCAAACAGACACUUCAAACCAUGAUAACAGCUGUGAC